UUUCCUUUUGGAGUUUAUAUUUUUGCUCAAAAUUCUAAAUAUUGGUAGUUUCAAGCAGAAUGCGAAUAAAUUUAUUCAUAUGAACAUAUUUAAAUGAACGUUGAUCCAGAUAUUUGUGUUAGACUUCAAAGUUUACUUACAUUUUCACAGAUUGUGUCUGAUGUAGAUGAGCAACAUGAGUAGCCAACACCAGUACAUGUCGGUGAACAACCCAUCCAGCUCACGAGUGGGUGACAUUGAACACAUUAGCCACCUCUCAGAGCACAUAGGGUCUCUGUGCCUCUCCUCAGAGUACUCGGAUGUGACCCUCAUCGUGGAGGGGCAGCGCAUCCCCGCACACAAAGUGAUCCUCGCCGCCAGCAGUGACUACUUCAGGGCACUGCUGUAUGGUGGCAUGAGGGAAGCCAAUCAGGCGGAAGUGGAGUUGCAAGCGCCUCUCCAGGCUUUUAAAGCUUUGUUACGAUAUGUUUACUCGGGGCACAUGGGACUGUCGCUGCUACGCGAGGAUACGGUGCUGGACAUGCUGGGCUUGGCGCACCAGUUCAACUUCCAGGAGCUGGAGGCCGCCAUCUCCGACUACCUGCGCCAGGUGCUCGCGCUCAGGAACGUUUGCGCCGUCCUCGACGCCGCUAGGCUGUACGGCCUAGACGCGCUGAUGGACUACUGCUACAAGUUCUUGGACAGAAACGCAACGGAAGUGCUGCAGCACGACACUUUUUUACAGUUAUCCGUAGAGGCUUUGCAAGGCCUUUUGGAGCGCGACUCUUUCUUCGCUCCAGAGGUGGACAUCUUCAAGGCGGUGUGCAGCUGGUUCAACGCCAACGAGCAGUGGGUCAAGUCGGAGAGCGGCAUGGCCCAGGUUGAGAAGAUCCUCAAAUGUGUCCGCCUGACGCUGAUGAGUUUGGAGGAGUUGCUGACCGUGGUGCGGCCCUUCGCGCUCGUGACGCCCGACAUGCUGCUCGACGCGAUCCAGGAGAAGACGCAGACCAAGAACACGGACCUGCGCCAUCGAGGGGUUUUGGUGCCCGAGGAGAACGUGGCGACGGUGGCGCGCGGCGCGCGUGUGGUGGCCGGCGACAUGCGCUCGGCGCUGCUCGACGGCGACACCGACAUGUACGACAUGGAGCGCGGCUACACGCGACACACCAUCUCCGACGCGCCCGACAACCCCGGCAUCAUCGUGCGGCUCGGCACCACCACCAUCGUCAACCACGUCCGCCUGCUGCUGUGGGACCGCGACAACAGAUCGUACGCGUACUUCAUCGAGGUGUCUGUGGACCAGAAGGACUGGGUGCGUGUGAUCGAUCACAGCAAGUACUUCUGCCGCUCCUGGCAGAACCUCUACUUCGAGCCGAGGGUGGUGCAGUACAUUAAGGUUGUGGGCACCAGCAAUACUGUUAACAAGGUUUUCCAUGCAGUGUCCCUUGAAGCGAUGCACACGUCGCUCGUGCCGCCGUUGCGUAAUGGCCUCGUUUGCCCCACGCACAACGUCGCUACAUUGGACCUCUCCGCUGUCGUAAUCGAGGGUAUCAGCCGCUCGCGCAACGCGCUGCUCAACGGCGACACGGAGCACUACGACUGGGAGCAGGGCUACACGUGCCACCAGCUGGGCUCGGGCGCCAUCGUGGUGCAGCUGGCUCAGCCCUACCUGCUGUCGUCCAUCCGCAUGCUGCUGUGGGACUGCGACUACCGCCACUACUCCUACUACGUGGAGGUGUCGCUCAACUACUGGCACUGGGACAUGGUGGCCGACCGCACCAGGGAUCCGUGCAGGUCGUGGCAGGUGAUCCUGUUCUCCCCGCGACCAGUCUCCAUCAUACGCAUCGUCGGAACCAAUAAUACUGUCAACGAAGUGUUCCACCUGGUGCACUUGGAGUGUCCCGCACAAGUAGAGGAGGCGCGUGAAGACCCUGUCGCUAAGAAACAACGACCGUCGCGCGAACGAGAAACGAACGACAGUCGCGAGGGACGCGAACCGCGCGACGACAGGCGCAGCCCGCCGGAAGGUAGCCGCAGCCCGGAUUCCCGACCCCGAACCCCCAGCCCCUCUGGCGACGGAGACUCUUCCGGCGGCGAGGGCGGAGCGCCCGCCGUGCCGCGUAGAGCCCUACCGCCCGCGGAGACCGCCACCGAAGCAGAAGAAGGUUACGAUGACUGAAUACCGGAAACGUGAGGAUGGAAACAUGCUUAUACACAACACGCGUACAUUUCAGUUACUUGUGCAAUUCGCUGUCCAACUGACAGCGAAUUGCACAAGUAACUGAAAUGUACCGGCCGUUUGAUAGUCUAACUGCAACUCUGUAUUUUACAAAUACAUCUCCCAAGGGGUAUUAAUGUCAUGAUCAUUUGAGGCACGUUGAAAACUUGUCCAAUACUUCUCAUAUAAUAUCCCAACAUAAAACCGCUGGAAACAAGCGACCGUGGAUUUUAAAACUCCCUACAAAUAAACAUUUGUCUGUCAGUGAAUGUCAAUCGGUUGAAGUGUUUACAGAACUGCAGACCAAAUUCAAAGAUGUUUUAUUCAUGUAGACCUUAUCACUUAUGAAGUGAUCAUACAUAUAACCAGCGAUGUCGAUAACUACAUUCGUUAACUUAAAACUAAAGCUAGGAGGGUUCCGAACGCAACCUGGUCUAAA